UUUCCCUCCCCUCCUCUCCCUUCCCCUCCCUUUCUCUGCUCUCUUCUCCGCGCUAACUUUGCCGAGCCGGGCCGGUGCAGAGCUCCGGUGGCUGUUGGGUGGCGGACUGCAGACGAGGGUGAGCGGGAGGCUCUGUGCCCCCACUCUAUACCUUCUAAUCUCCAGUCCCUGUCUCAGCUUCGCGCCGCAGCCCUUGCUUUCUCUGCACUUCCCGGAGAAGACAGGACGAUGCCCGGGGCUGGGUACCAAGUGCCAACCGCGGCGACAUGGUUGGGCACCGGGCUUUUGGGUAUAGCUUUCAUCCUGUUCCCUUGUUCCCUGACACUGGAGGUAUCUGUGGGGAAGGCUGCCACCAUCACAGCUGUCAAUGGAACAAAUGUCUUGUUGCCUUGCACCUUCUCCACCUGUAUGGGCUUUGAAAACCUCCAUUUCUGGUGGACAUUCAAUAACUCAGAGGAAUUCAAGAAUCUGAUUGAUGGGACAGUGAAGAAUGAAAAGUCAGAACCAAAGAUUAGGUCCAACAUCGAUCCGGCACGCAUUGAGAUGGCUGGCUCUGUCAAAGAAAAAAAGAACAACAUCUCGAUUUUGAUUCUUAACCUAGAGUUCUCGGACAAGGGAAAAUAUACUUGCCGUGUGAAGAAUCCCAAGGAGAAGAACGCUCAGCAUGAAGCUACUAUCUCUCUGAUUGUUGUUGACAAGUUGGUGAAGGUAGACAAUACUGUGACAAUCAUCAUCCUCUCAGUUGUGGGUGGUCUUAUCGGACUUCUUAUUGUCAUCAUGUUGAUUAAGAAGUUCAUUACUUUCAUCAUUAAGAAGACCCAAGAAAAGAAGAAGGAGUGCCUCGUGAAUUCAUCAGGGAAUGACAACACGGAGAACGGAAUGGCUGGCUCCAAAGCAGAGCAGAAAGCAACACCAAAGCUGUAAGCCUCUGGCCUCGAGGCCCAGGGGGACACUGCAGUCAACACACAACCACAGAGUCUCUAUUUUUGUUAACAAAACUGAUGCUUGGGCCGUGUCUGUAGAACCCACGUGCCUGUGCUGCCCGCUGCUUAGCUCAGACUGGAAUCCCCAGGGAUGGGGAGCAAUGGGGCCUACGUAGACCGGCUCCUUCGGCUGUCACUUCUCACCCUUUUCUCCCUUUCUCCUCCUUACAGGGAUGCAGAUAAGUCAGACAAAGAAGGAGAGAGGGGGCUGGUGGAGGGGUUGUGGAGGAGUGGGGGACUCGGAGAAGGGAUGCAUUAAGAAGGGGCCAUUCUGAGGUUGGGGGUGUGUGGAUGAGGAUCUUUUCUUGCAGUCGCCCAUCUCUACCCUGAUUGUUCUUCCCUAAUUUUUGAGAAUCCCUUCCCACUCCACUGGGAAUGGGCAGAGCUCGUGCUCUGGUCCCGUCCCAUCCCUUGUCUGACCUACAGGCCUGUCCUCCUGGUCAAGGCAGGACCAUGGCCAGUUCAUUGGGAGCUCCAGUUCUGGAUCCCCUUCCCACCCGGUCCCAUCCCUUUCUUUCCAUAGCAAGAGGUGUCAUCUUGCUUAGGGUUUUGAGUGCCUGUGUUCUUUUUGCCUCCUUUCCCCCUCUCACAAAGCUCCCACUGACCUCUUUCAAUGGCUUCUUCUUUCCCUCAUUCUAUUCACCCCCUACCUCCAAAGGCCCGUUCAGCCCCCACAUGCACAUAAAGGACUCAUAUUCUCUAGGCUCAUAUUCUCUGGAUACAUUAUGAUUCUUCCUAUGGAGCUGGGGUUGGGGGAGACGUGGAGGAGUUGCUAUGGGUGCCACGGGAACAUUUGCCUCCCUGAACACUGAACUCUGGGGAUGAAGGUCAACUGGACAGGAUUUAUCUUUGUUUUGUAUGUGUGUGGAUACAUGGGUUAGAGAUGGGUCAUUUGACGCUCUAGGGACUUUGGGGGAUGUGACCUCCUAUUUUGUAGGGUAACUGGUCUACUCUCACCCCGGCCUGCAGCCCCAUAACCAAUUAGAGGAGAGGUACAAGGGGCAUUCUCUCAUUGCCUCAGGUCUAGUUCUCUCUCAAAGAUGGGAAGGUUUCACUUCAGAGGCCUGAGUAAGGAGUUCUGAGCAGGGCCACCCUAGGCCCUGGGUCAUUGGGUGGUGGGGAAAAGGGAGAAUCCUGGCUCUUUGGCCUGAAGUGAUGUCAGGUAACAAACCCUUUCUCCUUUCUCUAAAUCUGCAACUCAGGGGCUCAAGUUCCUAUGUUACUGAGAGAGAACUAACCUGGACAAGGACAGAGACUUUUCUUUGAGUCCCCGCUGCCUAGGGGACUGGAAGAUCUGACCUAGCCUUAGUUCCCUGGUGCCUAAAUUCCCCAAUUGGGAAAGGCCAUGGCCUGUGCCCCAGGCCCACCCCAUCCACCCAUCCCUGGGAGCCCAUGUCUCUUGGCCAUGGCAGGACUAUGGCUAAUUCAUUGGGAAUAUCUUGUCCCCUUUCUCCAAUCUCUUGAAUCCCUUUCUUUUCCUUUUUGGAGAAAGAUUGCCAUGUUGCUGGUGAUUCUGAGGUCCUCUCCCACUCUUUUGCCUACUCUUCCUUCUACCUGAUGAUCUAUUUCCCCCUCAACUGUUCAUUUCUCCCUGGGAUGUUUAGCCCGUGCAUGAUCCCUAAGUAAAGGGCUAGAAACUCUUUCUGGAAUCUAGAGUUCCAGAAUCCUCCCUCUCUGGUGGCAGACUUGAGAGUUUUCCUUCCUUCUGUUGAAAGAGGCUUUGGGUUUGCUGGCUACCCCUUCCUGCUUUAGCUCAGUCUCAGCUUACAUUAUCCUCCCUUCAGGGUAAGGAUGGACCUAGGGAAAGCACACCCACAAUUAUUAUUAUUUAUUAUUCUUAUUUUGCUGUUCUGAGAACUAGUAUGCACUUCCCUGCGAAUGGGGGACGCGUCUGUGCCUUAGACCCUUGGUAUUUUAGUAUUUCCCCUAUUUCUCCUUUCAGACCAGUGCUUGCUGGGAGACAGAAAGUUGCAGCUGACUGGGAGGCAGGGAAGGGUCCUCCAAGCCCGUUCUGGCUCACACAGAGGGCUCCCAGGGAAAGGAGGAGUGAGGUGGGCAUGGGAGCUUGUAAUCAGGAUGAUUCAGCUUGGUCCCUUGCCAGUUUACUUAGGCCUGUGGUGCUUCUGGUGGGAGAACGGUUUGGGGGGAUGUGGUGUGGGAGUGACUGGGGUAGUAAGGGGAGGUGGCAGUUGGGUUCUGAGAAUCCUUAUGGUUGUGUCUCCCAGCAGUAGGCAGAAGGGGGGGAUGACACAGUGCUAUGUCAUGGCACCAACACAAGCCAACUAACCCUGUUCUGUCCUCUAUGGUGAGACUGCACCUGGUUGUUUCAUUUAGAUUUCCUAGGCUUGACUUCCGUGGCUUUCCCAGAAAGAGUCAGAGUUUUUCUUAUUUCAUUUUCACCAGUCAGGUACCCAUGGUGGUUGCCCUGGUACCAUGGGAGUUUCCCCUUCUGCAGAAGAGAAAGGAAAUAAAAUCAUAGUGUUGGGAGGGAGCAGCUGGCUGGCUGUCCUCAGGCCCACUUCUGGCUGAGGCCUGUGUCCUGGCUGCACUCAGUAAUCCUGGUUCUUCAUUCUGCUUUCUGCCCUUUGGGCUUCCCAUUCCUGGCUUUCUGCUCCCACAAUAGCUUCCUUUCUGUCCUGCUUUCAUUAGGCCAGGUAGACAAGUUCAGACUUUCACGGGUGAGAAGUCCUUUGGAAGUGGACAGAUAAGGGGUUCCAACUAUCCAGCAAAUACCUCUUGUAGCUGCCUUCAUGGAAAACUACCUUUUCUUUCCUUUUUAACCUCGGCAUUAAGCAUAAGUUGGGGGGGGGGGCGGGAAGAUUCUGGGGUCUAGUAGUUAGGGUAGUUUGAAAGGAGGGGAAAAGACAACUUCGAUCUUUCCAUUCCCAGCUCUUCCACUUACUUGCUGGGCAAGUCACUUACCUUCUCUGGGCCUCAGUUUCCCCAUCUGUAAAAUGGGCAUAAUAAUACUUAUCUACCUCACUGAGGCGUUGUGAGGCUUGACCAGUUUUUGACUGUAAAAAAUAAAAUAAAAUAAAGUUUGGACUCAGGAGUGCUCCAGGAGGCAGAGUAUUAUUAUCAGAGAGAUGGUUCAGAGGUUGGGUCCCUUUUCUUCUUCCUUGUCUCCCCUACCAUUGUACAUGCAUCCUUAGAAUUCACUUCUAGGAUGUUGGGAACAUUCCCUAUAUUGCUUAAGAGCUUCUCCCAUGGCAUUGGUUAUACAGCAGGAAGUAUAUAUAGAGCCACCAUCUAAGCAUCCCCUAUAAUGUUGUAGGAAUUCCAUGGAAGAGAAGGGGGGGCUGUUUCUGGGUUCAAAGGGAACGUACUUUGCCAAGUUGGGCUUGAAUGUCCAGAACUUAAAUUCACUUAUUACUGACAGGAUAUCCUUGGCAAAGGAAGGUGAUCAAACUAGAUAGGCUUUGGGCUCUUGGGUGUUAGAGUUACUGUGUGGAAUCUAUGAAUGUGGUAUCUGCAGAUGUUAAAAAAGUAUAAUAGAAUGAUGAUGCUAUGGAGUGAGGGUCCUGGAGAGGUUUUGAUUUCAAAAGGGAUCAUCAUCCUUAAAGGGACUAGAAUCCUUGUACUAGAUGAGUUUUAAAGUCCUUUCUAUCUCUAAUAGUUCACGAGUCUAUAAAAGACUGAGUGUAUAUGACCAAAGAAAUCAACUAUAUAUUAGCUCUCCCUUUUGCAUUAUUCCCCAUCCUUUCACAUCAGAAAGAAGAAUCUGAGCACUUGGCUUUGGUUUCCGUAUGAACUUUAUCAUCCUGUGGCUAUGAAUUCUUGCUGCCAGAGGAUUCUAUAAGUGAGCACCGAAAAGGGCCGUCCUGUCUCAUGGGGGUACUUUUAUCUGGAUGGGCAUUUGUAAGUGGUGGUACAAGGGGAGCACAUGUCCAAAACUGUGGAUAGUUUAUUAGUAUCUAUUGCUUACAGUGAGUGUUUGUGUAUAUGUGAAUGUUUCAAAUACGCAGAAGUGUGUGUGCACUUGAGUGUCUAUAAGAUUACAUGACCAGCUUGCAUCUAGGGUGGUCAAGAGGAAUUUAUUAAAUAUUUCCUAUGUGUGCGCCAGACACUGUGCUAAGUGUUGGGGAUACAAAGGAGGCAAUAACAGGGUCCCUGCCCUCAGGGAGCCUGCGGUUUAAUGGGUGAGACAGGAUACUAACAAAUGCAAAAUCUGGACAGAGUAGAUGGGACGUGAUCUCAGAACAGGCAGAAUAAGAGCAACGGCUGAGGAACAGCUUGUCCUCUUUGUUGAGGCCCACCCAAUAUUGAGUGAAUAAGAGGAAUUAGCUUACUGCUUUGGGUGCUUUUGGAAACUCAUCUCUCCAGGCCAUGAACACGAAUUGGAUAGCUAAGAGGGACUGGACUUUGGAUUUCAUCUGUAUAGGGAACUCCCCAGCGAGGGCAGUCGGGUGGUGGACAGAGGGCAGGACCUGGAGUCAGGGAGACCUGAGUUCAAAUGCAGCCUCAGACACUCACAAGCUGUGUGAUCCUGGGAAAGUCCCCUAACGCUGUCUGCCUCAGUUUCUUCAUCUGCGCUGGGGAAGGAAAUGGCAAACCACUGGAAUAUUACUGCCAGGAAAUCCCCCAAAUAACUGAAAACAAUUGAACAGCCACAAGGAGUGAGGAAGUUCCCUUUACUGUUGCAGGUUGGCACGUUAUAGCCUGGAGCACUGAGCAACUUUGGAGCAGUUGUUGCACAAAUGCUAGUUGAAUUUGAAUGUGAGGAAGUUUAAAUGUGCAGGGAGUGAAUGUAUGUGUGUGAGAGAGGGUCAUAAGUGUGUGUGGCAGGUGUGUGAAUAUGUGUGUGGAUGGGAAUGUGUGUCAAGGGAGUACUGAGUAUGUGGAAGGGACGCGCACACGUGGCAUGUAGAUGAAUGGGACUGAGGGGUAGUUUGCCUGUAUGUAGUAGCAUGCACAGUCAUGAGAGAGCACAUGUGUUCCCUGAGAAACUGCAUUUACAGGUUUGUGACCUGGGGACCCCGCUGACAUUCACACAAGACGUGUCAGGAGUCACCUGCCUUGCUUUGCUCAGCGGCUGUUAGACUGUCCAGAAGCUGGCAGGGGGUUCCACAGAGUAGAAGCCCAUCUCAUAUCAUUUCAGGGAGGACAGCUACCAUGGCAGGGAGGGGACACCAAUGGGAGAGACUUUCUCUGAAAAAGUCCCUUGGGACUCAUUAUUUUUCUUUGUUCCAACCCAGAUUCCCAAUACUUCCACUGCCCACAUGAUAUGCAGUGCUUUUGACUAUACUGUGCAUGAUUUUUUCCUUUGGCUUGAAUGGAAAACAAUUCCUAUAGUCAGUUUUCCUAUAUAACCAUGUGGUUAUAUAAAUAAGCUAUAUAACCAUGUCUUGAUAUGAUACUCAUAUAGGCCUUGGGAAGUCUCCGGGUCUAGGAGCCUCUGGGGAAAUGCAGGUGUGUAUAUGUGCAUUUAUCUUCAUAUAUAUGUAUAUAUGCAUACAUAUACAUAUAUAUAUUUAUGUACAAGCACAGAAAGAAAGGGUGUAAUCAGGAUGCUUUGCCUUUAUGAUACAUUUUGCACUGUAGAGUUUUAUUUAGCUUUGCCUUGAAUGAAAUAAAAAUUAUAUUUAAUAGAA